AUGGGUGAUGAAUUUGAAAUCAAGGAUUUGGAAAAUCUGAAGUAUUUUCUUGGAAUGGAGGUGACCAGAUCUAAAGAAAGUAUCUCCAUAUCUCAGGGAAAAUACACCAUUGAUUUGCUAAUCGAGACAGGUAUGUUGGGAUGUCGUCCUGCUGAUACUCCUAUUGAAUUCAAUUGUAAACUUGAAAACUCUGAUGAUCAAGUUCCAGUUGAUAAAGAACAAUAUAAACACUUCGUGGGUAAAUUGAUUUACUUAUCCAAUACUUGUCCUGAUAUAUUUUCCUUUUCUGUGCAAGCUUCUUAUGAGAAAUACAUGGAAGCUGUCAACAUAAUUAUGAGAUACUUGAAAACAACAUCUGGUAAAGAGGUGAUGUUUAGAAAAACAAAUAGAAAGACUAUUGAAGCAUAUACCGACUCAGAUUGGACAGGAUCUGUUGUUGACAGAAAGUCUACCUCCGGUUAUUGUACUUUUGUUUGGUGCAAUCUUGUAACUUGGAGGAGUAAGAAGCAAAGUGUUGUGGCCAAGAGCAGUGUUGAGGUCGAAUACAGAGUUAUGAGUUUGGAAAUAUGUGAGGAAAUUUGGCUUUAG